AAAGGAAGAGAUAUUUUUGUGCCGAGCUGGAAGGCAGCGCGAGCAGGAGGCACCGCGCAUACAAAACCCUAGCCGCCUCUUCGCCUUUCUUAAACCCCAAGCCGCGCCUCCGCCGCUCUCUCGCCCGCAUCCCACCCUCACCUCGUCUCCCUCAGAUUUGCUGUUCAAUGGCGGCCUUUAACAAGCUCGGCAGCCUUCUAAGGCACAGCACUCUGAUGAGCGGUGCCUCCGCCGGCUCAUCUCCUGCAUUGUUCAAUGCUGUUCGGCUUAUGUCCACCAAGCUUUUCGUCGGUGGUCUUUCCUGGGGUACUGAUGACCAGUCUCUGAGAGAGGCAUUUAGCAGCUUCGGUGAGGUUACUGAAGCGCGGGUGAUCACAGACAGGGAGACUGGAAGGUCAAGAGGCUUUGGCUUUGUGAACUUCAACAACAGUGAAGAUGCCAAGAAUGCUGUGUCUAGCAUGGACGGUCAGGAACUCCAAGGGCGUAGCGUCCGUGUGAACUUCGCCAACGAGAGACCUGCAGGGAACCGAGGCUACGGCGGCGGUGGCUACGGUGGUGGUGGUGGCGGCGGCGGCAGCUAUGGAGGACAGGAUGCCUAUUAAAAAGAGCACUGGCAAUUAAAAUCUUUGAAAUAAUGAACUUUUAGGACCUGUUGUGGCUUAUGCGAAAGCCUUGCAAUGUUUUACUAUUCGUGCUUAUGUUGAAUCGUUGAAUUCCUAGGUGCAAAUCUGGUGCUACCGAAUUUUGCCUAUUGGUUGUUUUGAAGAGUGCAAAUGCAAGUCGCGUGUAUCUCCCUGAUUGAAGAGCAUAAUUUGCGCACGUUACUUUAUA